AUGUCACCUAUUUAUGUGUUGUUUGACCCUAUUCCAGUCAUUCAAGAAGUCAACAAACAUCAUGCACAUGUCUUUAAAUGUUCAGCUAAAGGGUGUAAGGUCACGAUUCGCCGUUUCCUUGAUAAAAAGGAUGCGUGUUCCACUGUUUUGCAGGUGGCUGAUGAUGCAAAGAGUGCUGCAGAAGUUUGGACAACAAUUGUUGCAAGUGGGAAGGGAAAGGUAACAUACUCACACCGCCAACAUACAUGCACAGAAUCCAAGGCUGAAAUCGUGAAAUGGGUGUCCAAAAGUCUGAGGCCAUUUGAUAUUGUCAAAGACCAAGGGUUUCAGUGCCUAAUGAAGACAGGAAGACCUGAAAUUUACAUACCUUCGCCUUUGAGUGUUUUGCAUGAUGUCUGUCUUGUAUUUGCUCGAACACGUGCAAGAAUUGCUAAAAUGUUCAAGGUCACUGUAUGUGUACACCUUGAGCUUGAUGGUGUACCCCUAACAAUGCCAUUAGACAUUGUUGAAGUAGUGAAAUUACUAAUAUACCUUGCGAUGUUGCAACAUGUUGGAAUUUGA